AUGCUUCUUGCGCAAAAAAAUGCUGGACCUAGCCCACUUGUUUGUUCCGAACUGCUUGAAUUAAUUUUUAGUAAUCUCAAGAUUAAAGAUAUACUAUAUUCCUGUCUUACUAUAAAUCAUCAAUGGAAUUUUGAAGCAUUUCGAGUUAUUUUAAAGCAAAAAGAAAGGGAACUUUGUGAAGAUCUUAAUUUUAUAAAAUAUCGGUUAGACUGGAGUAAACAAGAAAUAACCCGUAUUCAUACAGUUCUUUAUACUCUGUAUUAUGAUUGGAUUACAGCAGGAGAAGAAAUUGCAAAUGUUCAUGCAGUAAUCAAAUCCCAUAUAAAUAAUCUUACAAGUAUUCUUCCCUGUCUUAUUAAGUCUUCUGUCUUACGAAACAAAUUUCAUGUACAAUGGCAAAAUCUUUAUAAACAAACGAAAAAAUUGUUAAAAGAUAUCGAUCUACUUGAUAAUAUCAAUAAUAUAUAA